GUCCGCAAACACCCACACACUGUGCUCCCAAAGUGGAACAGAGGUCUUCAUCCCCAAAACACAGGCGAUCGAUACACGGAUCAAUGAUUAAUGAAGAGCGACACGCGGUCAGAGGACCGUCAGUCCACGGCGACGGUCCGGCAGAAACACUGAAGAACUUACGGCAACGUUAGUGUGCACAGGCAGGCGCAGUUCGCCACACAACCGCUAGAGGAUGUCAGCCGUUCAGAUGUCAGAGGGCAGCGUCCAGGUGGAGGGCUGCAAGUCUCCCCUGUUCUACAGACAAAGUCAACCCGCGGCAGGGGGCGCCACCAUGACGGUUUUACUUCUUCACGGAAUUCGUUUUUCAUCCGAGAACUGGCUCAACAUCGGAACGUUGGAGAUUCUGGCCAGAGCCGGGUGUCGGGCUGUGGCCGUGGACCUGCCAGGACUCGGUCGGUCCAAAUCAGCCGAGGCCCCGGCAGCCGUGGGGGAACUGGCCCCCCCAGGAUUCCUGAAGCAGAUCUGUGAUCAGCUGAGUCUGAGUCCAGUGGUGGUGGUCAGCCCCUCCCUCAGUGGGAUGUACUCCCUCCCCUUCCUCACCCAGCACCAGGACCUGGUCCGAGCCUACGUCCCCGUGGCUCCCAUAUGCACAGAGAAGUACACGGCAGAGCAGUACCAGAGAGUACAGGUCCCGACGCUCAUCGUCUACGGCGACCAGGACGCUCAGCUGGGGGAGGAGUCGCGCCGUAACCUGAGCAAUCUGACCAAUCACAGCGUAGUGGUGAUGAAGGGCGCCGGUCAUCCCUGUUACCUGGACGACCCCGACACCUGGCACCGGGUUCUCACAGAGUUCCUCACCAAACUGUGACCUGUGUCUGUGGCUCCACCUACCGGGAUCUGCCCUAACACGACCGGGGGAGGUUUCCUGGUGGAGGGUAAAAAAAAAUAAAAUAAAAUAAAAACAAUCACUGAGGACACGCUGAAGUGAAGUGAAAAAUAUGAACAUUAUUUAAUAACUGAUUCUCUGUAAUAAACAAUUUGAAAAUAUC